AUGGCGUCUGUCAUGGCUGGCAGCAAGCGCAACUUCGCCACCAUGGCCGCCGCCGCCGACGAUUGGGAUGAUGCCCAGCGACAGCCCGUCUCGAGAAAGCUGAGCCCCUUCUUGAGCCAUAUCGUCAACGCAUAUGAGCCUUCUCCGCCGACUCCGGCCGGCUCACCGUCCAGAGCUUCUCGUUCUGCCCCGAGCUCCCCUCCGCACUCACCAGAAUUCUCUACCUCCAGGGUUUUCGACUCCGAUGCUUCCAUAGUCCUGACCGGGCUGCGCGGCGCCGGCAAGUCCACUCUGGCCAUCAUCGCCUCAGGCGCCAUGAAGCGCAAGGUCAUGGACGCCGAGAGAGCCUUCCAGGACAUGAAUGGCCUCCCCACCCCGGUCUUCAAGAAGAAGCAUGGCCUGACCAGCUACCACAGCCGCCAGGCCGACGUUCUGGAGGAUCUGUUCCAUCGCUGUUCCAAGAAUACCAUCAUUGUGUGCUCCUGGAUGGAGCGCAAUGUCCAGGCCCUGCUACGAGAGUACAGCCACAUACACCCAAUCAUAUACAUCGUGCGGGACACACAAGCCAUCAAACAUCACCUCAGAAUACCCGACGAUGCGAGGCUCAAGACCCUGCUCGACGCCAGUGGCCUCUUCUUCCGGAGGUGCAGCCACUUUGAAUUCUUCAACGUCUCCGAGGACAUGACGGAAAAGACCAAGGCCAACUCGCCCGACGGCCUGACAACCGCGCCCGACAAGAAGUCGCCUGCGCCCUACCUUACUCUCAAAAGGGCCGAGAGACAUUUCCUGAAAUUCCUGUCGCUUAUCCUGCCCAAGGGAGCCAUUCCCUUCAUAGAGUCCGCCUUUCCCUUGGCGUCCAUCCCCACCGAAGAAAGACAGUUCACCUACGCGGUUUCGAUUCCGCUUUCCUCCCUGUUGGCCAACAAAAUAGACAUCGAAGACAUUGAGACCGGCGCAGAUGCCAUCGAGAUUGUGGUCGACGACCUCGUUUCACCCUCCGCGCCGGGCAUAAUCAAAGAUGGCCUCAGUCCUGAACACGCAAGUAACAUUAGUAGGGCUCUGGGCGACAUGCGGAGAAACCUCGUCAUUCCUAUCCUUUACCAUGUCGUUUUCCCCGAGCAAGCAUUGCACGAUGCUGCGUGGAAGUCCCUGUAUCUGGUGUAUCUACAACACGGUCUGCGCAUGGCUGUGGAGUACAUGACGGUCGACUUACGGCUGGAGGAAGAAUACAUUGCACAAAUCCGCAUGUCUCAAGGUCGUUCAAAACUCAUCGGCAAUUUACAAUUAAGUAGGGAACCAGCGCCGUCGUGGAUGGAUCCCUCCUGGCUCCGGGCAUACCAAAAAGCGCGGGAUCUGGGCUGUGACCUGACCCGACUAUCGCGGGUCGCUAGCCACCACCAAGAGAGCUUCGACAUUGGCACUCUACGCACGAGAAUCGAUGACUUGGGCGAACCGAAGCUACCUGUCAUUGCAUACAACACUGGGAGGAAAGGGAAGACUUCUUCCUGUUUCAACCAAGUAUUGACCUCAGUUCUCCCUGUUGGCUCAGCUACAAGCGGAGGUCACGACAAGGAGGAAGUGUAUCCGUAUCCCUCUAUCACCGCCCUCCAGGCAACGCGAAGUCUCUACUCGUCAUUUGUGUUUGACCCUAUGAAUCUCUACGUCAUUGGCGGUUAUGUGUCCUUCAGUCUAUCCCCAGGGAUGCACAACGCUGCGUUGAAGGCUCUCGGGAUCCCCCACCAUUACCGACCCCACAGCACCUCGUCAAUUCGGAGCCUCCAGGAGGUUGUGAUGGACCCAUACUUCGCUGGCGCCUCCAUCAGUCUCCCUUUCAAGGUCGAAAUAAUUAGCAUCACACAUUCCUUGAGCAAGCACGCGAAGGCGAUCGGGGCUGUCAAUACGUUGAUACCAAUCCGAGCACUGAACGAGGACGGAACUGUUCCUGAGGACGCCCGUCUCUUCCAUUGCCGGAAUCGGGCCGGGCCUAUAAAGGCACUGUAUGGGGAGAAUACGGAUUGGAUUGGCAUCAGGGCGUGUAUACGCCGCGGCCUUUCACCCGCCAACGCAGUGCGGUCCACGAGUUGUGGCCUUGUCGUUGGGGCGGGUGGUAUGGCAAGAGCCGCCGUGUACGCGAUGCUCCAGAUGGGAGUGAAAAAUAUCUGCGUACUAAAUCGCACAUAUUCGAACGCGGAAAAACUUGUCGGACAUUUCACAAAACUACUAGCGAGGGACGAUUUACCCCUAUUUAGCCCCGACACUGAGGUUGAGACCCGCUUCCAUAUCCUCAAGUCGAGGGAAGAACCGUGGCCCGAGACAUGGCGACAGCCCACGAUAAUUGUCUCCGCCAUACCUGGCCACGGCGUCGGCGACACGCCGGCUCCCGACUUCACCCUGCCCCCACAGUGGCUCGACAGCCCGACGGGAGGCGUGGUGGUCGAGUUCGCCUACAAGACAUUACACACACCGUUGUUAGACCAGAGCCACCGAGAAGCCCACCGAGGCUGGGUGACGAUGGACGGCCUUGACAUCCUGCCAGAGCAGGGGUUUGCGCAGUUCGAACUGUUCACAGGCCGCCGAGCACCGCGGCGCUUUAUGCGGCGGGAGGUCUUCAGGGCGUACACGGAUGAGCAGGGCCGGCACCCUGCCCACCUCAGGCCUCGAAUAGAAAAUAUCGUAGAGCAGGAGCCAUGA